AUGUCUGCCAAGCAGCCUGAGAUCCAUGGUCAAUGUCUCACCUCUGUCUUUUUAGAAGCAGCAGAGGAGUUCUUUGAGUAUGAUGCUGAGGACUUCCUGGUGUUCCUGACACUCCUGAUCACAGAAGGACGGACUCCGGAAUGUUCCGUAAAGGGGCGGACAGAGGGUGUUCACUGCCCAUCUGCCCAGUCUGCUAUGCCUGUCCUUACCAAACAUGAAUGCAGCGACAAAAUACCACACUGUCGUCAGGCAAGAAGAACAAGGUCAGAGGUCAUGUUACUAUGGCGCAAUCACAUCCCCAUCAUGAUUGAGGUGAUGCUGCUUCCUGACUGUUGCUAUAGCGAUGAAGGUCCGACCACAGACUGCACAGACCUAAAUGAUCCAGCAAUAAAGCAAGAUGCGCUCUUACUAGAGAGAUGGACUUUACAGCCAGUGCCCAGACAGAGUGGAGAUCGAUUUACCGAGGAGAAAACCUUGCUGUUGGCUGUGCGUUCCUACGUGUUUUUCUCGCAGCUCAGCGCGUGGCUCAGUGCCUCUCACGGACUUGUACCUAGAAACAUCCUAUACAGAAUAAGUGCAGCUGAUGAAGAACUGCUAUGGAACUUCUCACAAACACCCUCUGAACAUGCUUUCCCUGUCCCAAAUGUGUCCCAUAGUGUCGCUCUCAAAGUGCGGGUUCAGUCUUUGCCUCGCCAGCCCAAAUACCCCAUACUCAAAUGUAGCAUUCACUCAGGUAUAGCUUCUUUGGGCAAGAGAAACCUGGAGCGUGGAGAGGGUAGGAACCAUCCUGGAGAGAAUCGCAGUUCCCUCCGUAUGCCAGGAUCUCCACUCUUCUCCAGGCCUCUACGCCCUUCUCCACCUUCCCACAGCCCUCUUAACACCCGUAAAUGCCACCCUCGCCCUCAGUCCCCUCUCCCACCAGGCAAAGCCGUCAAGUGGCUGUACUCUCGGCUGAACGGCGGCGUGGACAUCCCCCCUACAGAGGCAUACAACUUGUGUACUGAUGGGGCGGAGAGCCCGAAGACCUCAAGUGUGGAGUCACCAAUUCGUGGUUUUAAAUCACUCUCCAUUACUGACCCUUUAGUUACCCCCAGCCCAUGUCCCAGCUCCAUCUCAGGUGAAACCAACCCCCUCAUUGGCUCCCUGCUUCAGGAGAGACAGGAAGUCAUUGCUCGCAUUGCUCAGCGACUGAAUUUAUGCGACCCUACAGCUCCCCAUCUCCCUGAUGCUCUCUUCACUUCUCAAGAACCGCCAGGACACAAAACAACCAGGAACUCAUCGCAGGAUAAGGAGCGCUUGAAGAAAUCCAAAGAGCCCCUCUUCCCAGUCCCACAGCCUCAAAACCACAAUGGAACCAGUCCAGAAAUCCCUGAGAGGAGCCGGUCUUCUCUCUUUGACACCCCCUUGAGCCCUAGAAGCAGAACACGGCUGGACAGAGUCGACCGCGAAUCAAAAACGUCCCCAAAACUCUCGACUUGUAGGCGUCUGGUACUCAGUGACCAGUCUGCUGAGGGUUCUCUGAUUGCAGAUGCAGUUCAGGACAUCUCCAGGUUGAUUCAGGAGCGACUGCAACAUUCCUACAGUCUCCUGAAUGGAACCUAUAAAUUGAAGACCUCUCAAACCGAACAGGUUGAAACAAAUCACGGAGUGCAGACAAAUGGCUUUGUAUCAUCAAACCAUGAGAAGUCUUCAAGUGCACCCAAUGGUGAGGCAAGCACAGAUCCUCGUAUUUCUCAAGCAACAAAAUGUUGCAGAUCUCCUGACUCUCAUCGCUGUAAGCGGGACUGUUCCCCUAGACCACAAAAUGUGGCCGGUUUAAAACUUGAAGACCACAGCGUCACAAAAUCACAGCCUUUAACGGCAACUAAUAAGCAACAGUAUGCCAGAAGAGAGUCCUGGACCUCCUUGAAUAGCUACUCUAGCCAUGCAAGCUCUCCUCAGGAGAAUGGCCUGACCCGAACUGGAUACCUCCAGCCCUUCAAGACCCAAGAGGCAAACCGUGAGAAAGGAGCAGAAAAGGAUGUCUGGAAUGGGUCCUCUUGUCCUGAGAAGGAUGAGAACCAGGAGCCCUGGGCUUCUCCCUCGAGCACACCAGCCAACCUUACUUGCAACACCUCCAGUCCUGCCCAGAGCAAUCACACUAGACCCUCCCCAUUGAAGUCAUGCAGUAACUGGAAAAAACAGAAUCGCCACUCCAUAGACGGAACUGCAACAAAAGCCUUCCACCCCUGCACAGGCCUACCUCUCCUCUCCAGCCCGGUUCCUCAAAGAAAAAGCCAGACAGGAUAUUUUCAUUUAGACACGUCUCUGAUUCAUUGCAGAGGACUGCCAUGGGCUGCCAAUAAGAGGGUUUUGAAAAGAUCACAAGACUUUGAUGAGUCUCAGCAUCAGAUCAUUAGUGCCAGCGCUCCACCCGCCAACCUCAGCCUUUUGGGAAACUUUGAGGAGUGUGUUCUGAAUUAUCGUUUGGAGCCAUUGGGCACAAUCGAGGGUUUCACAGCAGAGGUUGGCGCCAGCGGAACGUUCUGCCCCAGUCACACGACCUUACCUGUUGACGUGUCGUUCUACAGCGUCUCUGAUGAUAACGCACCUUCCCCCUACAUGGGUGUCAUAAACUUGGAGUCUCUCGGUAAGAGGGGAUAUCGAGUACCUCCUUCAGGAACCAUUCAAGUGACCUUAUUUAACCCCAAUAAGACAGUGGUGAAGAUGUUUGUGGUGAUGUAUGAUCUGAGAGAAAUGCCCGCCAGCCAUCAGACAUUCCUGCGGCAGAGAACCUUCUCAGUCCCAGUCAAACGCGAGUUCAAUGGACAUAACAACAAAAAGCCAUCCCAACUGAGUCAAGGACGAAGCCUCCGCUACCUCGUCCAUCUGAGGUCGGUACCAUGGACGUGAAGCUGACCACCUUAAGUGCUCACUUGAGGAUUUUCUUUCUGGAAUACAGGGCUGAAAUGCUCGUUGUUUGCUGUCAGAUGAUGCUGUCAAGUGCUUUUGGUCAAGACCACACUUGCUUAACAGGCAGCUUGUGGCCCCGACAUGCCUAUUCCUGAAUAUGUAUACUCAUUUUAAUUAGCCCCCAGAAGUUGCCUGAUAAGGUG